AUGGAGAGUAGAUUUCACAAAUAUCUUUGCAUCCUUAAUUCUUCCAAUAGUAUUAAUUAGAUGGACAAGGUGGGCAAACACUGUCAGUUGGGGAACCAUAAUGACAACUUGUACAUUAAUUGUAAUUUGGGCCGUUGCAUUAACUACAUGAAGGAUAGCAUUGUAUUUUAGAGAUAUAAAUAUUUUUUAGUGAAACUUAACCUGUAUUUGUAUUAUAUGAAGUAAAUGUAAUUUUGCCUUAAGUUGGAAUAUUUGAUAAUCCAAGUGUAAAAUUCACAGUUUUAACUUCAAAAGGAAGAGCAUCGCAAAAUCCAGAUGUCAUAGUAUAAGUUGUUGGGGAUUGGUAGGAAUAUGAAUAUGUAAAUGAUCCUAAUGUAAUUGACACUGUUUUAGAUGUCCAUGUACCUUGAAAAUAUAAAUCCACUGAUAUCCAAUACCCAGUUUAGGAUGAGUAAGUAUGGUAAUUUUCAGCAGAUGGAUAUGCUUAAGUUAGGGUAAUGUAACUUGUAGAAGGAGUAGUACAAGUAAUAAAAUUUGCAGUAGUUGAGGUUGAUGGCAUGUAAAAAUAUCCACCAUAACUAGAUCCAAUUGUUCCAGUGGAUUAAAUAAAUUUCUUAUCUUCGUCUAAGUAACUAUUCUAUUAUUGCCAUUAUGA